AUGCAGUGUAAUCGGACCCGGGUCUGGUUAAUCCUCCCCGGCCCCGCCCCUCGACUCCCAGCCCCUCUUUCCAGCCCUAAUUAUCCUUUCAACGCCCUUUCCCCUCGGCUGCAUUCCCAUAGCUGGAGGAAAAAGCCUAGGUCGCCUCCCGGUUCUAGCCCGCACACAGACCCUCCUUUCAGACCCGCCCUCGGGGGCACCGGCUUCCCGAGCCCAGUCCCUGCUCACCGCUGGGCGGGGAACCGGCGUGACGAAUUCCGCCCGAGGUGUCUCCAUCCCCGCCCAGCCUCUGGCCCUCCUCCCACCUCCACCGAGGCUCCGAGGGUGCCCCACUCGGACCCCCGCGCCCAAAGCGCGUCGCUCGCUGCCCUCGAGCACACCCAGCCCCCGGCAGCGCCCGCGUGCCGGGUGCCACGUCGGAACUGGCUCCAGGGACCCGGGCGCUUGCAGCUGCAGCUGCCUGCGCGCCCGGGGUCCCCAGCUCGCCCACCCCUCCAGCCAGCGCCCGGGACCCCGCCACCUCCAGCACGCCCCCUACCCCCGACCCCGGCCCCAGGAAGGCUUCCGGAGCCGAGCCGAGCGCUCCCAGCCCCUGCCUGA